AUACGCAGAAAGAAGCAGGGAGUGGUAAGUCCUCAGUGCACAUGCAGGAAGCAGGUAGCUACCUGGAGUUAUUCUAGUCAAAUCCAAGGCUCAAAUUUCCCAAGUUUCCCAAGAAGGCAGUGAUAGAAGCAACAACCCAGGGUUUAUCUCUCAAGCUACCAAAAAUUCUUCAGAAUCCUCUUUGCAUAUAUGUUUUCAUCAAUACUUGCCUUGGACUCCACGCCCUUAGAGAACAGGAAGUUUCCCAGUCAUUUCUUUAGUCAUAAACCAUGUUCUGAGAUCCUGCUAUACUCGGACUUGAUAUACACAAAUGAAGUAAGCAACAUUCUUCCUCUCUGAGGAGCUCACAAGUGAGACACACGUGGACAGAAAAAACUGUUACAAAAUGUGGCAAAAGAAAAAUAGACAUAUGUAUGAACUAAUGAGAGCAGCUACUCUUUCCUGAGGGAUAUGAGAAAGCUACCGAGAAAAGGAGUUUUAACUGGACCUUGAUGGAUGAGGAGAAUCAUCAGGCAGACAAGGACUGGACCAAAAUGACAACUGGUCAAUUCGAUUGUCAAUACUGCGCAGCAUCACUUCUUGGGAAGAAGUACAUACUGAAGAAUGACAAUCCAUACUGUGUUUCCUGUUACGAUCGUAUUUUUUCUAACUAUUGUGAGGAAUGCAAAGAACCAAUUGAAUCAGAUUCCAAGGAUCUUUGUUACAAAGGCCGACACUGGCAUGAACAAUGCUUCAGUUGUGCCAAAUGCAAUCACUCUCUGGUGGAAAAGCCUUUUGCUGCCAAGGAUGAGCGACUGCUGUGCUCAGAAUGUUAUUCUAACGAGUGCUCCUCCAAGUGCUUCCACUGCAAGAAGACCAUCAUGCCUGGUUCCCGCAAAAUGGAAUUUAAGGGAAACUACUGGCAUGAAACCUGCUUUGUGUGUGAGCAUUGCCGACAGCCAAUAGGAACUAAACCUUUGAUUUCCAAAGAGAGUGGCAAUUACUGUGUACCGUGUUUUGAGAAGGAGUUUGCUCACUACUGCAGCUUUUGUAAGAAGGUGGUGACUUCAGAUGGGAUAACAUUUCGUGACCAGCCAUGGCAUAAAGAGUGUUUUCUAUGCAGUGGCUGUAGGAAAGAGCUCUGUGAAGAGGAGUUUAUGUCCAGAGAUGAUUAUCCAUUCUGUGUGGACUGCUACAACCAUCUUUAUGCUAAAAGGUGUGAAGCCUGCACCAAACCCAUUACUGGUCUCAAAGGUGCCAAGUUUAUCUGCUUUCAAGACCGGCAGUGGCACAGCGAAUGCUUCAACUGUGGGAAGUGCUCAGUCUCCUUGGUGGGGGAAGGCUUCCUGACCCAGAACAAGGAAAUCUUUUGCCGCAAGUGUGGUUCUGGAAUGGACACUGACAUCUAGAGGGAGACAGUCUGUCCUCACCUGAAAUCCACCUUGCUUUUGUUCUCACUAAAUCCAGAACUUGCUUGAA